AUGCAAAUUGUGUGCGGACAUCUCGUCUUUUUGGCCCUGGCCAGUGACCAGUGCGAGAAUAUCACGCAUACGCCCCGUGCAACUGCUCCUGUGCGCUGCGAGUCGCCGAAUGCGACGAGUCCCAAGGAAACCGAGCCGGCGGACAAAAGGGGCCAAGUCCGCUCGGAUAUUCUUAUCACCGCCGGUCAGUCGUCGCCGGUUGUCCAGCUUGUCCAGUUGGGACUCCAGCGGCUAGUCCAAGCACUCCUGGUCCUCCAUCCUGCUGAUCCCGAGUCGCUGCUCGCCGGUUGCUGGUCCUGUUCCCACCGCUCACUUAAGCCGCUUUGGGCAUGCAUGGAGUCGCCAUUGCCGAGCCCUGACCAGGAGGACCUGGAUGAGUUGAUCCACUGGGACGUGAACUGCAAUGGCUGCGGCAGCACCAGGCUGAUCCACUACCGCUACAAGUGCCUGCGCUGCCCGGACUACGAUCUGUGCGCCGCCUGCCACGAGAACGGGGUGGCCAGCGGACACCACGAGCCGGGCCACCCGUUCCAGUGCCUGCUGGACCGCGCCGCCCGCGAGCUGCACUUCGCCGGCGAGCGGACGCCGGAUCUGUGCGCCGACAGCUACACGUGCCCACUGUGCGGCGGCAUGGGCCUGUCCGCCGGCGACCUGAUGCGGCACUGUCAGAUGGAGCACCGCCUGGUGCGCCUCUCCGUCAUCUGUCCGCUCUGCGUGGCGGUGCCGGCCUCGAAUCCCAACAGGGUGAACAACAUCACCACCCACUUGAUCCUGUGGCAUCCGGCGAGUCCUUCGAGGGCUCCCGCGUCCCCUUCGCGAGCAGAGCCCCUGGCCGACUUCCGAUGGCCGCAGCAGGGCCUGGGCCAUAUGACCACGGCGCCGUCUCCGGAAACGGGAUCUGGAACGGCCACCCAUCAUACCUUGCCCUCCGCCCAGGUGCCACAGGUGCGCUUCCUCCUGCCCAGGGGCAGGCCGCCCUUGGCGCCUUCCGAGGACCUCAGCGACCAGGAGGUCGUCGAGAUGUGA